CCUCUGUGAGAGAUAACAUUUUCAACUCUGCGAAAACUCUCGGGAAUUGCAAAAAAAAGGCGUAUCGAAUCUUACGUCCCCGGCACGUCGUGGUGACGGCCCUGCUAUGACCAGUUUUUAUAUACGCUUUGACAUCCAACAUGGCCACCUGAUAUGUAGCAGACGACUCGCGCACAGGUGGCAUGAAGAGCUGUAAAUAAAAUUCACCCUCUAGAUUUAAUUAUGAGUGGACGUGUGCAAAAAGAGUGUGCCGAUGAUCCCGAUCGCAUCGGACCGAUCGACGAUGCAGUGGACCCGCGAGUGCAGAUUGAACUUGAAAGAUUAAACACAGCUACAGAUGACAUUAAUAAAUUAGAAGUUGAUUUAGAUGAAGCAAGAGCAACUUUUAGAGAAUUAUUGUGCGAAUCAACAAUCAAGAUCGAUGCUUUAGCUAAGAAACUUGGAACUUGCAUUGAAAAGUCCAGACCAUAUUAUGAUGCUAGAUUUAGAGCAAAAGAGGCAUUACAAGAAACGCAGAAGGCUGCGAUUAGAUUUGAGAGAGCCAAUAGUCAACAUUCUGCGGCUAAAGAAAUGGUUUACUUAGCAGAAGAAGGAUUACGGACUGAAGGAAGAUGUUUUGAUCAUGCUUGGCAGGAAAUGUUGAAUCACGCUACAUCGCGAGUGAAUGAAUCGGAGCAUGAAAGAGCUCUUUCUGAAGCUGAGCACAGGCAUACAACAGCAUUAUAUCACAAAGCGGAGCACGAAGUUCAAAGAUUACAGCGCGAUUUAAAACGUACUAUUGCCAAAUCAAGUAUGGGUGCACGUCGCAGCUUGCUUCUGAUAAACAGUAUCGCCUACAGGCACAACUUGCUCAUGUUGCCUUACUAUGAAAUGAAAGCGCAUUUUAAUCAAAUGCUAGAGGAGCAAAAAAUGAAAGUCAGUGUGUUGGAGAGAUCAGUUAGUGAAGCAAAAGCUUCAUACGCAGAAGCGUUACGAAAUCUAGAAAAAAUCAGUGACGAGAUUCACAGGACAAGGAGAUAUGACAGUACAGAUGACUACGUUAAACAUGCACGAGAUGCGCCCGAUUGCUCCAGCGUGCAAACCAACGCGGUAACUCCGACAGAUUCCAGUGUAACUGGAUCUCCGGACAGUACAGAUUACACUAGCGAUGAAUAUUUACGCCUUCCCGACAAGAUGAGUCCGAAUGUACAAUGUCCUAUGCCUACAAGAAUCGAAAGAGAUUCCUCGUCGGAAUACCUGGGCCUAAACAAUCUGAAUCUUUCAUCUACCGAACCUCGUAAAUACAUAAAACGAGAUCGUCCACGAAGCAUUGCGACCACUGAUUCGAAACAUAUCGUACCGACUCUAAAUCACACAAGUUCUUCUGCGCCAGGUUUGGCGGAUUUGUCAGGAAUUAUAUCUCCUAUUGAGAGGAGAGUAAAAAUUCAAACACCUGUAAACGAUAACCAGAAUAAUGCCACUACUCACAAUGGAGAUGAAUGGACGGAAAUUAGCUUGAAUAAUUCGCCGGAUGAAAUUUAUUACAACAAUGAUAUGUAUUCCGAUGAGGACGAUCAAAUUCCCUACAAACCGCUACCAAUGGAUCUGAGUCCGGAAAACACUCAACAAAUUAGCGCAACUGUCGAACCACCGAAAGAGCAAACCAAUCGAAAAAGAUUAAUAACGCAAAAGUCUUUACCCACAAUGUCAAAAGUAAACGAAGUUACUUUAAGUGAAGAGAAAAAAGCCGAAGUUACGAGAAGCCCUUCGGUGAAAAAUAAAGGCAAACUCGAUGGUAGCUUAGCCAAUUGGAUAAUUAGAAGUUCAGCCGGUGGCGAAGCUAGCGGUGCUAGUUCUACAAAUUCAAGCAGAAGACAAUCUCUCGAUAUGUUAUGGAGUGGUGGUACUGGGGAGCGUGUCAAGGAAUUACUCAAUCACGGUAUGAUGAUACUUAACAUAUCUAGUUUAACGGAACGACGUUCUAGUGAACCAAAGACAGCGGAGAGAGAUAAGGACAAGUCUGAAAAGUCUGAAAAAUCGGAAACUAAAGGAAAGAAAGUCCCUAGUCCAUUAGAAAAAACAAUGAGUUAUUUGAAUGCAGAUGAAGAGACAUCAGACAGCGAAAGUUUGGCUAGUGUGGAGAUGUUAACGGAGGAUCAGAUCUCUUCACUCAUGAUGGAGCCAGACAUGAACCAAGUGUGUCAAGAAAUUCUGGGAACUCCCUUAGUUGAAGUAUGUCCGCUGUUGCAACAACUGCAGCAACAACAACAAUAGCCUUAUCACAGAAAGAUUUGUGCAAUCGAAUGGCAAAGAUUCAAUAAUAGAAAGUGUUCAAGAUCGUUAUAAAAUGGUAAUAUAAUUAAGGACAUCCUUUCUUUCCAUUAAGAUAUUAAGGAUAUAUUAUAUUUCUUUUCCUAUUGUUAAAAUUUUAUAAUUUUUUUAUCAUAUGAUGUAGGCAUAGUAAAAAUUUUAUUUUAAGAUAAUAUUUAAAUUGAUAAUAUGAAAAUAUUUUUCAUGGGUUUAGUUCAGCAUCGACAAGUUAUUCUAUAUUAAAUUGUAAAAAUAAUAUUUAGGAAUAUAUAAUAUCGGUUUUAGUUAAUUCAAAACUUGCAUUAAAAGUAUUUUGUUAGCACUUUGACUAAAAAGCCUAAUAAUGUCUUUUGUAAAUACGCUUACAUGAUAUUUUAGAUUGAAAUCUAUAAAAUCUUUCUAACAUUUAGAAUUUGGUAAAUUCUAUGAAACAUUAUUCGCUGAUAAAGCAAUAUAUAGUUAAUUUUUUAGGAAAAUAUGUAAUUUAAUCUAUAUACUUGUACACAAAUUUAUUCCGAAUCGCAUCGACUAUUUUUUGCUUACAUGCGACUGCUAUCACGUUAAGAUCUUUCGGAAUAUAUAACAAAUGUAUUAGAAUAUCAUUAUAUUCCAGCGAGAUAUCAAACAAUCUAGGUAAUUUAGAUGAAUUAUGACAAGAUUGCGUUCACUAUACACUACGUUUAAAUAUAAGUUAUAAGCACUUCCUUCUCUUUCUCAUCGUAAUGCAAUUAUUCGAUCCAUUAAAUUAUCCGCGAGGCGUGAAAUGUACAGUAAGAAAAAAGAAUCCUAUAGAAAGUUACAAGAUGCCAAUUAUGACUUUGACAGUCAGAUUCUCUCUAAAACGCAAAACGCGCGCGUGCGCGAACUAUACAUAAGUGUAGCAUAAUAUAAUUCUAAACGUAUAUAAGUGAAAAUGUACAAAUUGUACUGUUAACAUCAGAAGCAUUUUCCAACUCCAAGUUAUUUUGAGUUUCGAAUCAGUCGUUAAUUCGUUAUGUGAACGCGAAAACAAACUAUUCAUAUGAUUGAUAAUAUGUUUUGAGUAUGAAUCGAGAAUCUCGCUCGUCUUUAACAAGCAUGCUGUUCCAUAUACAAAACUUUGUGACAUAAAUAAGUAAAAUAGACCAGGCAGAAUCAACAAGAUAUUUUUCAAUAUUUUUCGCUCAGAUGCAAUACAGGGACGAUAUAUAUUUAACAAUUAAGCAUCUCACAGGGCUGUUGAUUGUAUGCGAUAAGAGUGAGGAAUGUGAUUUGCGAAUAUACAAAUUAUCAUAAGCAGAAUAGUCUGUCUAAUGAUCAUAAUAAUAAUAGAUCAGAAGCGCGUACUCGAACGGAUUUAAACAUUCAAGAUAAGUAAGAGUUAAUUAUUAGCUCCAUCAUUUUUAUUGCGACAUAUUGUGAUAUAGCUCUUAGCAAUUUUAGAAAUUUAGUUGGAUUCUCUAAUCAUCAAACAAAAAUAUUAGUGUAAAAGAUGUACGUAAUAUGCUAUUUAUAAAGAGUAAUAUAUACAUAUAUAAUAUAUAAAUAAUAUAUAAAUUGUAUAAUAUAAAUUAUAUAAUAAUAUAUACAGAUCUUAUUUA